AUGGCCGAGGGCAGCGGGGAGGCAGUCACGGUCCCCGCGUCCGGGGCCGCCAACGGCCUCAGCAAUGGGGCGGGCGGCACCUCGGCGCAACCCAACAACCCGCUGUCGCGGAAGCUGCAUAAGAUUUUGGAGACCCGGUUGGACAAUGACAAGGAAAUGUUGGAAGCUCUCAAGGCACUUUCAACCUUUUUUGUUGAAAAUAGUUUGCGGACGCGAAGAAAUUUACGUGGAGAUAUUGAACGCAGAAGUUUAGCCAUCAAUGAAGAAUUUGUAAGCAUUUUCAAGGAAGUGAAGGAAGAACUUGAAAGCAUAAAUGAAGAUGUUCAAGCAAUGAGCAGCUGUUGUCAAGAUAUGACAAGUCGCUUACAGGCAGCAAAGGAACAGACUCAAGAUUUGAUAGUAAAAACCACUAAGCUUCAAGCCGAAAGUCAAAGAUUAGAAAUAAGAGCACAAGUUGCCGAUGCUUUCUUAUCCAAGUUCCAACUAACUUCUGAUGAAAUGAGUGUUCUCCGAGGUACAAGAGAAGGACCUAUUACUGAGGCUUUUUUCAAGGGAUUGGGAAGAGUAAAACAGAUUCAUAAUGAUGUCAAAGUCCUCUUGCGUACAAACCAACAAACAGCAGGUUUAGAAAUUAUGGAACAGAUGGCCUUGCUUCAAGAAACAGCUUAUGAAAGACUUUAUCGAUGGGCUCAAAGUGAAUGCAGAACAUUGACACAAGAAUCUUGUGACAUAUCUCCAGUAUUAACUCAGGCAAUGGAAGCCCUGCAAGAUAGACCUGUCUUAUAUAAGUAUACCUUAGAUGAAUUUGGAACAGCUAGAAGAAGUACAGUUGUCCGUGGAUUUAUUGAUGCUCUGACAAGAGGGGGCCCAGGAGGUACCCCUAGACCCAUUGAAAUGCACUCCCAUGACCCUUUAAGAUAUGUAGGAGAUAUGUUGGCUUGGCUCCAUCAAGCUACUGCUUCUGAAAAAGAACACCUUGAAGCUCUCUUAAAGCAUGUAACUACACAAGGUGUUGAAGAAAAUAUUCAAGAAGUUGUUGGGCAUAUCACUGAGGGGGUAUGCAGGCCUCUAAAGGUUCGAAUUGAACAAGUAAUAGUCGCUGAACCUGGAGCGGUUUUAUUAUAUAAAAUUUCUAACCUCCUAAAAUUUUACCACCAUACAAUCAGUGGCAUUGUUGGAAAUAGUGCAACCACAUUGUUGACUACCAUUGAAGAAAUGCAUUUGCUAAGCAAAAAAAUAUUCUUCAAUAGCUUGAGUCUUCAUGCAAGUAAAUUAAUAGACAAGGUUGAACUCCCACCACCUGAUCUUGGACCAAGUUCUGCAUUAAAUCAGACACUCAUGUUGUUGCGUGAAGUUUUGUCAUCUCAUGAUUCCUCAGUUGUACCAUUAGAUGCCCGUCAAGCUGAUUUUGUGCAGGUUUUAUCAUGUAUCUUGGAUCCUCUCCUUCAGAUGUGUACUGUGUCAGCCAGCAAUUUAGGCACAGCUGACAUGGCAACUUUCAUGGUCAAUUCACUGUAUAUGAUGAAGACAACAUUAGCUUUAUUUGAAUUUACUGACAGACGUCUAGAAAUGCUACAGUUUCAGGUUGAAGCACAUUUGGACACACUUAUAAAUGAGCAAGCUUCUUACGUUUUAACUAGGUCAGGAUUGAGUUACAUCUAUAACACCAUACAGCAACAUAAACCUGAACAGGGUCCUUUAGCUAAUUUUCCCAACCUAGAUUCUGUGGCACUGAAGGCUGCAAUGGUGCAGUUUGAUCGUUACCUAUCAGCUCCAGACAACCUGUUAAUGCCACAGUUGAACUUUCUUCUCAGUGCCACAGUAAAAGAGCAGAUCAUCAAACAGUCUACUGAAUUAGUCUGUAGAGCCUAUGGUGAAGUGUAUACUGCUGUGAUGAAUCCAGUCAAUGAAUACAAAGAUCCAGAGACCAUUCUACACCGAUCGCCGCAGCAAGUGCAGACACUUCUCUCCUGA